AUGGUAGGUCACCUACAGCUGCAAGGGAUGGACGAGAGCCUGAAGGAGAAGAGCCGGGAAGGCUUGUUGGACAGCCCGGACUCGGGGCUGCCCCCCAGCCCCAGUCCCCCUUUCUACUCCCUGUCGCCCGGCGAGGGCCGGGCCGGGGGCGGCAGCGGCGCGGACCCCCCGGCCCCGGGGCACCGUCGAGACGCCAAGGACGGCAAAGGGAUGCCUUACCUGCUCCUGAACCCAUCCACACCAGAGAUAAGGCCUCGAAUGUACCCUGUGUUUUUUGGAGAAAGCAUUGAGGUCAGCCCUGAGCCUGUGCAGGAAAUCAGGUGCAACUCCGAGGUGAAGUACGACUCCGAGAAGCAUUAUCGGGAUGACAUCUUCUACAGCCCCAUCCCCACCGUCACCACCUACAGCGAGACGGUCAUUGCUGCUCCCAACUGCACCUGGCGGAACUACAAGUCCCAGCUGAUCUUUGAGCCCCGCCAGAAGCCACUGAGGUUUCAGAGCACGACCAUCAUCUUUCCUAAGCGUGCCAAGAACAUUUACAGGACCACCCUCAACUACAGCCUGGGCUGUGCCAGGCGCUGGUUUGCGUCCAGCGUGCAGCUGCAGCUCUGCCAGGACACCAGCCCCGGCGGCACCUACAGCGAGACCCUCUGA